AACAGGAUAUAGAUGAACUUAAAAAAGAAUUAGAAUCUAAGAAAAAUCGUAAAUUUCAGGAAAAAUGUAUUCUAAUAGCCCAGAUACUUCUUAAUGAGGAGCCUAUGGUUGAAUAUCGACCAUCUUUUAUGGAAGGAUUAGAACUUGAUGCCUUUUUCCGACAUCAUCGAAUUGCAUUGGAGGUCCAAGGAGCACAACAUCGACUUCAUAGUACUAGUUGGUAUAAAGAUAUUAAAAAACUCGAGGAUAUUGUUAAUCGUGAUCGGAAAAAAAGAACCCUAUGUCAACUUAAUGGGAUUUAUCUUCUUGAGAUAUG